AUGACACCAAAGACUAUGAAAGCAGUGCAAAUUCAGGAAUACAACCAACCUUAUCAUGUUUCCGAGGUACCAGUUCCUCGCCCCAAACCCCACCAGGUUUUGGUGCGUAUCAAAGCAGCAGGCUUUUGCCACACCGACUUAAUGGCAUUAAAUGGCGAAUUCAACACCAAACUUCCAUUCAUUGGAUCCCACGAGCCAGCAGGUAUCAUUGAGGAAGUGGGAUCAAAUGUGAUGGAUUUUCACAGAGGCGACCGGGUAGGAUGCAUCAAUUUCGACAGCGUGUGCGGAAAAUGCGCCGACUGUCAAUCGGGACUGCCUAUAUAUUGUGAUGACCCUUUAAUGAAAGGCAUCACGGUCGAUGGUGCUUGGGCAGAGUAUAUGGUCGCUGAUGCCCGGUUUGUUGUUAAACUCCCAGAUGAUAUGGAAUUCAAGGUGGCAGCACCCUUGAUGUGCGCUGGAAUCUCUAUUUACGGAGGAAUCCAGCGUGCCGACGUUCAGAAAGGAGGCUCGAUCGGAAUAAUAGGAAUCGGAGGAUUGGGGCAUAUUGGUACCCAGAUUGCCAAAUGCAUGGGCUACACUGUUGCAGCAGUCGACAUCAAGCAGAAAGCACUAGAAGCUGUGGCUUCAUAUGAACAUAGCCCAGAUGCUCUGAUUCUCGCAACUGACACAGUCGAGGAAUCCCUUCUCAAAAUUGAUCAGAUGGCCUCAUCAAAGUACAGAGGAUUGGAUGCUACUGUCUUAGCAACCGACCAUCCAUCUGCCUUUGAGUUGGCCGCUGCACUCACGCGAAAGCAUGGUACAAUGGUUUUACUGGGUCAGCCUGAAAAAGGAAUCACCAUGUCAUACCACAGUGUAAUUUACAAGGAUAUCAGGCUGGUUGGGUCUCUGGUCGCUGACACAGCUGCGGCUCAAGAAUUAGUGAGUAUCUUUCACCAAAACAAACUUCAUGUGGAUAUCAAAGAAUGGAAAAUGGAGGACGCAGAGAAGAUGAGACAGUCAUAUCUAUCUGGACAGGGAAUGGGGAAGAAUGUGGUUAUCAUGUAG